AUGGGAAACUCUUCUAACCCCGCUCACAAGGCCGGCGUGGCCCGUUCUGGUUCGUAUCCAUCGCCUACCGACCCUUGUCGCCGCCAGCAUUUCAGUCGCUUCGGAAGAAUCUCGCAUCAGCAUCCGCCAGCAGCAGUCGCAGUCAGCAUCUUUAGCCUCAUGGGACACGUUCGCCAGCACGUAUCCGCCAUUGCAUCCAGCACGAAUCAGCAUUGGCCGCCUUCCGACAGCAGCCCCGUUGAUGCACGCAUGCCGCUGGGAUCAGGUGCUUUGGAUCAUCGCUCGACUUCUGCAGGAGCACUGGCAGACUACAGCGAUGUGAUCAGAAGCGGACAUGACCUACCGAACUCCAGAGCGGUUGAUCCGGACACGUUGCCGUUUCGUUCCCAUGCCGAAGCUGCCAUCAUCCACGUCGUCAUUCCGACGCUUCAGCUUCACUCGCCCGACCUUGACUCAUCGACGACGACCGGUCUCGUCUGGGGCAUCAACCGCGGUCAUCAGACUGAGCGCCGAGUUCUUGCUCCGCGCCCCUCGAACCGCAAGGGCCGCCAGGGCGAGCGCGUCAAGGUGAUCCGCUCGGUCGUGCGCGAGGUUGCCGGCUUCGCCCCCUACGAGCGCCGCGCCAUGGAGCUCAUCCGUAACUCCAAGGACAAGCGUGCACGCAAGUUCAUCAAGCGCCGCGUGGGUACGCUGCGCCGUGCCAAGAACAAGAUGGAGAGCCUCACCAACGUGAUUGCCGAGCAGCGCCGCGCUGGUCACUAA